AUGUUCUCGCCUGGCUGGGAGAUGAGGAUAGUUGAAUCUUGGACAAUAGGCACAGUGUCAAAGGUAGGUAGAGCAGGCAAGGUUCAGUCUGGGAGAUGUCCGGGCGGGUGGCAAUGGCAAGCUUUUGCCAAGAAGAGCUUGAUAUGGCUUGGUUUGAUGGCCAAGGUGGACGGUUAUGAUUUGCGCAAACUCGAUGGCUGUAGACAAGACAAGACAAGACAAGACUCUGCUCGGCGCAAUCAAGGUGCCGAGGUGGUGGUAGGUGGCAUGGAUACCUAUGCCGAGGAUCCAGUGUCUUGCGCCAGAUCACAGCUUCCAAACGAUGAAAGUGGAGUACCCCUGGGGCUGCACAGGCAACAGAAGCUCAUACAAGGAGGCCAGCCCGCUUCGCGCCGGAUGAAGAGGGUUGAAAGACGAUAUACCUAUCCCCUGUACCGACGACCCGCCGCCCUCACUGUGCAUCUAUCCUUUGCGCAUUUGGCCCCCUCUUCGUCAACCUCGCGUCCUCCACAACUUCCUCCCUCGUGGCCGAAGGUCCCUGAGUUCCGUUUCCCAUGUCUGCCCAAGGGUACUAUCAGGGUCAGGCGCAGCCGCAGUACCCACAGCAAAGUUAUGGUCCCACGGGCGGCGGCUAUCCCCCCCAGCAGCAAAACGGCGGAGCUCCACCUCAGCAACAGCAAAUGUACUACGGCCCACCCCAAGGACAAUCCCAAUAUCAGCAGGCGCCUCCACAAAAGCAAAAAAAGGACAGGGGAUGUCUGGCUGCAUGUCUAG